AUGGGCUGUCUCCAGAUCUUCCUGCCUGGUAUCGGCUCUUGCGUUGCUUUCCUGCUAGGCAUUUUCUCUCUCUUCGCUGGCAGCCAGCGCCAGUUUCUACCCCAGGCAGACCUCUUAACUUUACAUACAGGAGGUGCCGGUGGACAGGGUGCCCCCGAUUAUUUCUCCAUCUACACCAUGUCCUACUGCACUGGGUAUCAGGAGAUAUAUGUAUCAGACGAGACCACCAACGCCACAACAACCAAAACCGAAAUCGUUGACUGCUCCGACCGCAGCGUGCUGUUCACCUUCAACCCUGGUGAAGCUAUAACAAAAGCCUUGGGCACCCCGUCAGGCAGUCUAUCCCCAGACAGCUGGCCGUCCUGGAUAACAGACGAUUUCGAGGCGUUAGCUCCCACCAACACAACGAUGGUCCUGCUUCUGAUCCUUGGAACUGCCACAUCCGCUAUAGCUAUUGGAAUCCGCAUCUGGACGGUCGUGUGUGCGCGAGCGUCGGAAAGUAGCAGGCCGCCCAUGUACCCCGGAAGCUCGGCAUCUAGCUUUGAUUUUGACAUCCCUCCAUCUAGUAUUGAAUUCCUUGCUUUCCUGGUGAGCCUUCUCAGCUUCGCAAUUGCUUCCAUCAUCGCCAGCGUCAUUACCACGGAAUUUGUGAAAUUGAUCAACAAAUCCGGUAAUGGUUAUGGCGUGUCAGCGACGACGGGGACCUCGUUCAUGGGAAUGGUCUGGACAGCUGCGGUGCUGCAAGCUCUUACUACGGCGAAUAGUCUCGCUGCUAUUCUCCGCUAUCGUGCCCAGCAUUGCCGGUGUGAUUGGGAUGAGCAGGCCCCACCUGAGUCGGCGGAGCAGAAGCCGCUGGUAGGAGCUGAUUGA